AGAAGAUACCGUUUGUUUCGAAGAAGACGUUUACACCAUUUCCCUGCGUCUCUAUCAAAGCCUUCAGUCUUUUCAAUUUACACAACACACAAUGCCUCAAAAAUCCAGCAAAAAACUGAAACCGAUUUACUGUUACUGUAACAAAAAUGUAGUAUAAAAGAAGGAUAGAUUGUUGGAAAAAGGACAAGACAACAAUGUCGACGGCUCGUUAUCUCGUCUCAAUUGCAGCUGCGGCUUCAACUUUUGCAGUUCUUGCAUCAAUUGUUUCAUUGGUUUAUCUCGUCAAUGAUGUCAACAAUUACUAUGAUGAUGUGACCAGAAACAUUGAAAAUUUCAAGGACGAUGCUAAUACCGUCUGGCACCAAAUGAUGACUGUUGUCCCACAAGGAGGCAAGCAACGUCAAGUCUACGAGUCCCUGUUCGGUCGUACCAAGCGUCAAGCUGCCCAAUGUAACUGCGGAGCCAACUCUGCUGCCAGCAACUGCCCAGCUGGACCACCAGGACCACCAGGAGCUCCAGGAGAGGACGGAGAUCACGGAUUGGUUGGAGAGGAUGGAACUCCAGGAGCUGAUGGAAACCUCGGUGUUCCACUUUCUGCUAAUGGAUGCAUUGUGUGUCCAGCUGGACCACCAGGACCACCAGGUCAACCAGGACAGAAUGGACAACGCGGAAGUGAUGGACAACCAGGACAAGAUGCUAUGGGAGGAGGACAAGGAGCUCCAGGACCACAAGGACCAGCUGGAGAUAAUGGACAACCAGGAAGACCAGGAAAUGACGGACGACCAGGAGCUCCAGGAGCACCAGGAACUCGAUCUGUUGGACGCCCAGGAACCGCUGGAUCUCCAGGACCACAAGGACCACCAGGACAAAACGGAAAUGACGGUCAACCAGGAAAUGAUGGAGCUCCAGGACAACCAGGACAGCCAGGACCAGACGGACACCCAGGACAACCAGGAAACGCUGGACCACCAGGAACUCCAGGAGCUGCUGGACAACCAGGAGGUGAUGCUGCCUACUGCCCAUGCCCAUCCCGUUCCUCAGUUGUUCGUGCUCAAGCCGCUGUUGCUCGCAACCGUCACGUCGCCGCUAGACAUCGUUCGGUUUCCCGUAGAAAGGCAGUUGCCGCCAGAAGAUCCAAGGCUCGUCGUGUUGUUGCUGCCAAGCACCGUGCCGUUGCCAAGAGACAUCGUGCCGUCCAAAAGGCUUAAAUCAUUCCUUUUCAGUAAUAAACAUAGAUUGCAUUCAA